AGGAAGCUCUACGAGUUCCCGGCGGUUGGUGCCCCCCCCGCCGCGCUUCCCCGCCCUCGGCCGCCCGUCAUUCUUCCUCCUCCUCGGGCCUCGGUACCCCUCGCGAUAGCGUCCGCUGCUCGGACGAGUCCUGCGACAUCUCUGUCAGGAAGCUCUGCGAGUUCUGACAUCGGCUUGCUCUUCCAGGUCAGCAGGUGCCUGUGUGUGUGGUGCGGUUGCUGGAUUGGGCCCAUUUUGCAGUGCAGCUGCUGCCGCAUCUUGCGGAUGCGUUUUCUGCUGUGACUUGCCUCGUUGUUGUGCUGGUCCGCAAUGAGUAUGAAUCCUAUGGCUUCAGAAUUUGUUUCGGUGAACCCUACGAGUAUGAAUCCUAUGGCUUUUGUUUCCGGUUUCAUGAUUUCUGAUUUUGUUUCAGAGCGCAUGGAUUGCAUGGCAUCCGAUUUUCUCUCCUCGCGUUUGUCUGUGCUCGAAGUGUGUGUGAAUGACUUGCAUGUUCGUGUUGGGACCCUGACAUGUGAGCAGAUGGGGAGGCCCGUCACGAAAGCGUCGCCCUGGCAACGGCGUCGUUUACGUGCUAGACAGGUGAAGCACCGUCUCUGGUUGUGUUCCACGUCUUCGUCGUGUCAGGUGGGGGAUUUUACUGGCCUCUCUCGUGCCGAUAUCGUCGCACCUCGUUACUGUCGUAACCGCGGCCCUGCUGGGGCGGCACCGUGGACAGGCGUGCGAGCUUCUUCGACACCAGGGGUGGGGCCUUCCUUUCCGAUGUACGUUUCUCCUGCAACGACAGCGGGCGUUGCGACGAUUUCCCAUCAUUUUCCGAAUGUCCGUGAGAGUGAUCUUGCCGUGGUGGAGGAUGCUCGAGUGGCUAGUCUUGAUCCCGUCCCUGAUGCCGUUCCCGAUGUACCAGUUUCGGAUGCGAGUGCCGCGGUCCAGCUAGCGGCAACGGGCGUUACGACGACUUCUCAUCAUCUUCCGAACGUGUCUGAGAGUGGUAUUGCUGUGGAGGUGGAGGAUGCUCGAGUGACUUUUGUUGAGCCUGUACCUGACGUCGUUCCCGAUGCCUUUGUGCCGGAUGCGAGCGCCUCAGUCAAUCUUGCGACACUGGGCGCUACGAUGCCUUUACCGUCUUUUCCCAAUUUGUAUGAGAAUGGUGCUGCCGUGGAGGCGGAAGGUGCUAGAGGGAGCGGUGCCGUUCCCACCCCUGAUGCCGUUCCCGCUGUGCCCGCUUCGGGGGCGAGUUGCUCGGUCCAUCCUCCUGCUCUUGCGAUUGACCCCAGAGCCAUGCGUAUCAAACGGUAUUGUUUCCGACGAGAGGUGCCUCUUGCGGAGACUCCGCCAGUGCUUGCAUCCACGGCGGAUCAUGUGGUUCAUUCUCUCCUGCCGCGGCCGUGUGUGGACCCAAGCGUGCUGCGUGCAUACUUGGGCCUGUUUCCGAAAGAAGACGAUGACGACUCGAGUGACGAGGAGUCCGUGAAUGCACAGAGAACUUGGGUUGUUGACUUCUUAGGAGCUUGGCAUCAGUGCCCCCAAGAGGAGCGGGAUGCUUUCGUGCAAGCCUAGGCGGAACCCCUGGUAUAUGGUCACUUCCUUGACAUAUGCCAAUGCCUGCAUUACUUUUCCACUGAGGAGCGAAUCUAUAUUGCCCAUCGGCGUAAGGUCUCCGUACUUGUUCAAGCUCUCUUGGAUAUCGUGGGGCUGGCGUGGCACUCCGCGUUGUAGGCCGACUUCGUGCCCUGUGGUCUGUGAUGGGCCCUGUGAGUACGGCGUCAGGUCGCGCGGUGUUGCGCCGCAGUUCUAUGAGUGCGGCUACAGAGUGUGUCGACUGCUUCGAUGGGAACGGAGAGUGAGAGAGAAAAGGGAAACCGACCACUUUCAGUCAAAAAUGGUCGGUCAUUUAUUGUUUGGCGGCGUUAUAUGAGUAUGUUUGUGAUUGAGUCCCUGCUGUUCUUCGCUCCUCUCUCCUCCUUGCUGCUUUCGCCCCUGGGCUCGCUUUGUCUCUUUGGGCUCCGCCGCUCUCCCGCUGGCUCUCCUUCGCUCCCCGCUUGCAGGGCUCAUGAGAGACUUAUGUGUGCAGUGUUAUUUUGCACAAGUAUGUGUGCACUCGUAGGUUGAUUUUAGUCUGAUACCAUUGCCUGCCUGUUCACUGGCGCGACGUCGGUGGUGCUGGUUUCGGGGCAGUGUGGGCUACCCCAGCUGCAGAUCAUCAACAGUGAGUGCUUCGAACGUUCUCGGAGUGAGAGGCUUCUUUAAUGGGGGCCGUUCCUCUGCUGGUUGCGGCGGCGGCUCGGUUCUCGAUCUGUGCAUUCUUCCAACCUCUUCUUCAUUUUAGUCAUCUGGAUGGCUCCGCUUCUCCGAGCGGUUUCUGGUGGUGCAGUGUUGCCUCAGAAGCCUUUUCGUCUUCCGCCCUCGUGUGCAGUGGCCCCGGCUGAACUUCUUGCUGCAAAGCACUCCCUGAAAGGUGUGGUGGCUGUCCUUCAGGCGCUCGGCCUGUUUAGCCCCAUCUGCGUUAGGCUGUGACUCGAGCGGGCCUGAACUCAGCCCUGUGUCUCUGCGCGCAGUAAAAAAACAAGGUUGACGGUUUACCGCCGGCUCCCAGUUUGCUUGGACACUCGCAACAUGUAUUUUCUGGUUGGUCCCAGCUCUGGCAGCAGACUGUGUCUGGUGAUCUCCUGUCGAGCGGUGUGCUUCUCAGCUCCCUAGCUUUCCUAUAACCCG